AUAUUGGUGUAACUUCCGCUUCGAGAUCGAAGAACAACAAACAUUUAUUUUAUAUUGCCGUUCGAUUCAUGAUUCCUGAGACAUUUUGCACGAGGAGGAAAAUGUUUAAUUAUUGGAGUGUUUAAUAAUUUGGAAAUUCAGGUUGUUCAUACACCAAUACACGAUGACAUCACGAAGUGUGCGUACUGUGACUGAAUGUGUUGAGCAAUCAGAGGGAGAUGGGGCCAUCAUUAAGCGUUGCCUGGGAGAGGAUGUGUCUGACAUAGUUGACCCGUUUUUAAUGCUGGACGAGUUUGUCGUAAAUCCCCCGACCGGUUUUCCUGAUCAUCCACACAGAGGAUUUGAACUGGUGUCCUACAUAUUACAAGGCACCGGUCAACAUGAGGACUUUAUGGGACACAAGGGCAAACUGAAGAUGGGAGAUGUACAGUGGCUGACAGCUGGCCGAGGCAUUGUCCAUUGUGAGUGGUCAUUCGGUCAGGAGAAAGCUCAUGGUCUACAGUUGUGGAUUAAUUUGGCAAAGGAGGAUAAAAUGCAGGAACCAUCUUGUCAAGAAAUACUGGCAGAUAACAUUCCAAGGACAUCCAAAGAAGGUGUGGAGGUCAAGGUCAUUGCUGGAGAAGCAUUUGGUGUCAAGUCUACAAUUCGGACUCGGACUCCGACCCUCUAUUUACAUUUUACGAUGAAGGAAGGCACCUCCUUGAACCAGCCCAUCCCCAAGGGCUGGAACACCUUUGUUCAUGUUCUGUCAGGCCAGGCAUUGUUUGGUCCUGAAAGCAAAGAAAAACUAAUAAAACCAACUCAGACGGCCAUUUUUUAUGCUGAAGGCGACUGUGUGAUAGUGCAAAACCAGGGGUCCAUUCCUUGCAGCUUUAUACUUCUGGCAGGUCAGCCAUUAAAAGAACCAGUGGCACAACAAGGUCCAUUUGUUAUGAACACUGAAGAAGAACUUCAUCAGGCCAUGGAAGAUUAUAAGUCAUGCACCAACGGGUUUGAGCGCGCCCGGUCCUGGCAGUCCAGUUUCCUGCAGAGUAGCAGCUGAUGACUCCGUAUCUAGUCCCGGAAAUUUUAUUUUUGUCACAAAUCCAAGCUGAUUACUUUAGUACAGUGUAUGUACAUUAUAUAUAUGUAUAUUUUUUUCUUUUUAUGCAACUGUUGAUUUUAUACAUUCCACUGUAUGCAAGAGACAUGAUACAGAAGUGUAGUGACUACUGUGAAAUCAUUUUGAUUCGUGGGGGCCAAUGUUCGUGGGAAUGCAAAAUUUUGCAGGUUCGUGGGGAUGUAAUUUCGUGGGUAAUUGAUUCGCUGUCACUAGGAGAGAUAACUCUACUUGGUUAUAAACAAUGUUCAGAGUGACCCUCGAAAUCCACGAACAUCAAUCCCCCACGAACAAUGAUGAUUCCACAGUAUUUGAGACGUGGCUAUAUACCCACAGUUCUUAAAGACGGGUGCCAAUCUAACCUGUAUAUCAACUCAUUUCUGUUGUCAUGGAUACAAUCAUGGUACUCGCUGCAAUGAUCGAUGUUGAUUAUUUUAUAUAAAUAAUAACAGAUUAAAUGACAAACUAAUGCACGAGGUAGUUAUGAAUAGAAGCAGACUGAAAAAACUUGGAGGACAAAGAAAUGCUUGCUUUUGAAUGUUGAAAGCAUUCUUGUUGAUUUGCGAAGUGAUUAUGAAAAUAAUCACAAUUGUAUUUUCCUAGAACAGUAUUGAACAAAUGGAUGAGCUACAUUUGCCUUUAUGAUAUGUGUAAUAUUAUCUGUGCCAAUUAAAUGUAUAUUGUAGUGAUGACGAUAGUUCUGUAAGAAUACGGAAUAUUGGAACUACAAAAUUUUGGAACUCUUCAGAAAAAGAAGUUACGAAGAAUAUGUGUCACUUUGGCAACUCCUGUAUACAAAUUAGUGAUGGCUAAAGACGACUCAUUUCUACAAGAAUACCUGCCUGAUUUAAAGAUUAUUUUUCAGAAUAUUGUAAGUGAAUAUCAGAGUACCAAAGCACGAGUUGUAAGAUUAAAUUUCUGAUGUUUGGUAUUUCAUAGGAACGAGUAUUUUGUCUACUACAUGUGAAUAUUUACUCUUCUUCUUUCUUUUUUUUAUAGAUUUUCUCAAAUUAUUAUUACAACCGACUGUUCUGCAAUGAUAUCACAAAAAUUCAAAUUAUAUGCAUCAUUCUCACUAUCUGAUAGUUGCAUGUGCUUGUGUAUUGAAAAGUUGCCCAAGUUAAUUCGGAGAAUGAGAUUUCAUUGGACAUACUAAAUUUUAAACUGUGACAGAAUCGGAGAAGAAAUAAUAGUUCCAAUAUUCCAUAUUAAAUGAGAUAAUUCAGGUUUUUACACCAAUACUCCACUGCACAACAGAGAGUUUAUUUUAAUUUAUUUUACUCUGUAUAUUGUCAGAAAUCUUGUCCUUUUCAGUCUGGGCAGGUGUCAUUUGUACAUUGUUGUGUUGGAUUAAUAUUGCGGGGAUUUCAAAUUUGGGUUGGAAGUCUGGAUUUGUUGUCGUAAAUCGGGGAACAUUUUUACAAAAUCAGGAUUUUUGGGUAUUUUUAUGCUUUCCCAAUUGGGAAAGUGGGAAUCAGGCUUAAAAUCGGGGAAAUCCUGUCUUAAUCGGGAAAAUCCUGUCUUAAUGGGGAAAUCCUUUCUUAAUGGGGGAAAUCCUGUCUUAAUCGGGGAAAUCCUGUCUUAAUGGGGAAAAUCCUUUCUUAAUGGGGGAAAUCCUGUCUUAAUCGGGGAAAUCCUGUCUUAAUGGGGGAAAUCCUGUCUUAAUGGGGAAAAUCCUGUCUUAAUGGGGAAAGUUGGCCUGGUUUACAACUGUAACUGACACUGCUGGUUAUUAUGACAACUUUGUUCAUUGGCAAAAAGCCAACACUGCUAAAUGCAGAACAUACUUUUAAUUAUUACAUUUAUCGUUAAUUCUUAAUGAUGAUUCUAAUAGCCUUGUAUGAUUUUUACUAUUUGAUAAUGCCUUAGAAAUAUCACAGGAAAUUUUUAAGUUAUGAUUAUUUCUUUUCUUAAAAUAGAGGUCCAUUUUUUCCAGCAAGAUUUACUAAUUAUGAAAUUAACAGUCCUGAUUUGUUUAUUGUUUAUAUUAGUUAUGCAUAAUUUUCAUUACGUUAACUUGUGCGGUUCAUUGGAGAUCUUCCGAUAUGUGUAUCUUGUGCUGUGUUACCCCACCGUGCUGUAAUUGUUUACAAUGUAAUCAACCAUACUGUAAUUUUUGGCAUUAUGAUCAGUCAUGUAAACACUGAUCGAUUGUGGUACACUCCUAAAUAUUUACAUUUCCAAUGUUUUCACCUUUGAUAUCUUUACAAAUUGUAAUGAUAGUUAUUUCCUCAUGAAUGCGCUGCAGUUGUGAACAAUGUGCAUAUGAAUCUGGAUACGUCUAUUUGAACAGCUAGGAUUUCCAACAGAAUUGAAAAUAGAAUGUAAAUAUAAGAAAGGAAUUUUACGAAGUACUAGUAUGCCAGCGUGAAGAAAUAUAAGAAAGGAAUUUUACGAAGUACUAGUAUGCCAGUGUGAAGAAAUAUAAGAAAGGAAUUUUACGAAGUACUAGUAUGCCAGCGUGAAGCAUCAUAGUUCAUACCCUCAUGUAUUUUCAAAAUUUUUUAUUUCUUACUUGUACACUCUUCUUGCAAACUAAGUUUGUUGUUUUUUGGGGGGAGGGGGGGGGGGACAAAUCAUUUUGUCUUAUAUGUAUGUUUGUCCCACUUCAUUAGAAACGUUUGGAAGACUCGACUUUUUGUAGUGGAUUAGCAUUAGAAACUCGCACUGUGUCAUGACUCUAAUGUCAUUAGUAAAUUAAAAGUUGGAAAUUUUUGUUAGAGAAAUAAAUUUAUAUUGGGGACAUUACUAGCUCCCUUAAGCCGCUGAUGACCAGGCAUUGCCAUGUCUCCUUGCCUAUGUCAUAAGACUAAGGUGAAGGUCACUUGUAAAUAAAAGUUCAAAAUGUUUAUCUUUGUAAUGAAGAAACGUUGCAAUUUCAUACAUGACUGAAAGAUUACUAGAGGGCCAACAGAAGCUCGCCCUUGGCACAGAGGUGUGUCAUAUUCUAUUUUCAAGGUCAUUUGGGGAAGUGUUUUAGUAAGCCUCCAGGGAGUGGAGGUAUUAGUCUCAUUAGAACAGCUCUAGUUUCAGAUUAUUUUAAUCAAAUUACAGCACACAAUUAGUAGAGGAGUGUAUAUCCAUACACAAUAUUUACAUUGCACUGAGUAUUUCAGAUUGCAGUUAUGUUUGUUUUGGCAGUUUUUGUGGGGUUAAGACGAUGGGAUUAUUGACCCGAUUACUCGGGAUUUCGUUGGAGGAUAGUGUGUCAGUAUGUGUUCCUUUGUGGUGCUGUGAGGAUGCACAAUAGUGCACAAACAGGUUCUUUUUAGUUUUAAAUAUUCUGUGUUCAUGCACGUUCAAUUUUUUUUUUUAUAAAUUUCAAUUUAUGGAGUUGUUUUUUUUCAUGUAACAAUUUUUGUGAUGUAUCUACAAUUUUUUUAAAUACAAAGAUUAGAUUUUUUUCUUUUAUAUUUCUGAGCAGAAUGCCAAAUUAUUCUGUUAUGUCAGGGUAUGAGGAAAACUGUAAUCAUAGUAUGUCUGCUGUUACAUGUAGGAUAAUGUUUGUACAUUUUAUCAAAUACAGUAAGGCCUGUUUAUAAUGAACACUAUACAGUAUAUCAAAUACAGUAAAGCCUGUUUAUAAUGAACAAUAUAUAAUAUAUCAAAUACAGUAAGGCCUGUUUAUAAUGAACACUAUACAGUAUAUCAAAUACAGUAAGGCCUGUUUUAAUGAACACUAUAUAUACAGUAUAUCAAAUACAGUAAGGCCUCUUUACAAUGAACACAAUCAGAGCAAGUACCUGGCUUGUAGUGAUGUUGAAUUCAUUUUGCAAGGAAAAGAAAAUAAUGGAAUUGGUAAUUAAGUAAGUGAUAAAAUUUUACAUUUCUGAUUAAACCAUUUUGAGUGCCCCUAUACUAUAUCAAGUUUUACUGUAGUAGAAAUCCAUGUACACUUAGUUUUAUUGGAUUUUGAACAUUUUUGUUGUGUUUGUAAUUGGCUUCAUUUUUUUUUUUUUUUUUUUUUUUUUUUUUUUAGAUUUUACCAAGGAUACAAAUUAAUACAUGAUUUUGCAUGUAGAAUAUUAUGAUACAUUGUACAUUUAAGGCAAUGGAAGUCAUGGAGAAUAGAUUUAAGAAAACGAAAAUAUGGAUAAUACAUUUAAGCAAAGGUAAAAAAUAUUGAUAAUAGAAUUACUGUAAUAUUUUUAUACCUCCAUAAUUUUUGGUCUGUUUGUCUGCAAAAACUUUAACCUUUUAAUGGAUGGAAGGAGUUUUCAUACUUCACAUUUGUAUUCCUUGUAUCAAAAUACCGACAUUGUAAUCUUGACCUUGAGGUUUGACCUACUUUUGAAAAACUUUUAAUCUUGACCAUAACUUUUAUCUUGACCAUAACUUUUGAAUGGUUGGUGAUAAGGCUUUCAUAUUUUACAUGUGUAGUCCUUUUGACAAAACCUUUCUAUAGGUAGCUAAAUUUUUGACCUCAUGACCUUGACUUUGGGGUUCAACCUACUUUUGAAAAAACUUUAACCUAUGCCAUUACUUUUGAAUGGUUAGCAAUAGGGCUUUCAUAUUUCACUUGUAUUGUUCUUGCAACACGGCCUUUCUUUGGGUAUACCAGCAUUAUUUUGCCACCAUACGGGGGCAUCAGUGUUUCACAAACACAUCGUAUUUUUAGAAGUGUUGAAAGCUCAUUAUGAAUAUUUUAUGAAUCGGUACAUUCAGUGCACAAUGUACUAGUGUUAGCUACUUAGAAGUAUGAUGGAGAAAUAAUUGAUCAGUUUAUAGAUUCAUGUUGCAGUUUUUUUUACAAAUUAUUUUGCAAUAAUUGAUUUGUUUGUCUCGAUUAGUUUUCACAAAGCACUCUUUUAUUCAAAAAUGAAAGUAGAUAAAUAAAAGUUUAUACUACAGAG